AUGAUGGCGGACGUAACUGUGAGGGUUCGUCUGGUGUUUCAGAUGGAUGAGUUCGUUUUACCGCCGUUUGAGUCGAGCUGUGUGUUAAAGGAUAAAGACAUUGUUUGGCUAGAUAGUAUACACACACCACUAGAGUCAUCAAGGAUCAUGGGAGUCAUGAGGAAAGAAACAACCAGAUGCGGUCAAACGUCAUGUUUCACAUUAAGCUUCAGAUACAAAAAUCUCUACGAGGCUCUAGUCAUCUUCAACACCGGUCAUCUUGUUUCCAUCAAGCCUGAACGACAGAAACAACAAGAUGCGCAGUCAUUCUGCAACAAAUAUCCUGAGUUCUCUGCAUAA